AUGGUUGGUGAGCGCAUGAGUUCAACUCACGCGGGCUUUGUGAGCACGACUGCCAUGGUUGCUGUUAUGCCGCUCAGGCGUCACGUGAAGCGCGUUUCUCGGCGCGGUGGUCCUGCCAUCCUCGUCGUUCCCAUGGUGCAAUUUUUUUGGCCUCUUUUGAUGAAGGCGGUGGAUAGGAUCUUGACCAAUGAGAAUCAACUUGUUGAAGCGUUUCCACAUGCAAUAAGUGGCGGCAUCCUCAAGCAGUCAUUUGAAAAACGUCGCUACGUCAUUCAUUAUCAUGGUGAAAUGGUUGUUACGGAUUCACAGUUUUCACAAUCCGUGCAGCAUGACUCCUCUUCCUCUUCAUCUUGCAACUCCAAAAUGACGUCAAUAAACUUGGAACUUCCCGGUUUAUUAGCCUUAAAAUGCCUGCUGUCAUUAAGACGUCUGCGUCACUCGGGUCUCGACUUUGGCUCAUUAUCUACACCCCACCUGCUCCGUCCGUGUUCCUCCAGUCAGCUGACGCGCAGCAAAUGUUUCCCACAUUUGGCUGCUCCCUGCUGUUACCACUCAUGUGCUGCAGCAGGCGAACUUGUUUGUACUUUUAAAUUCCCCUUCAUGCUGGUGGCAGAGGAGCUUUCAAAUUGCCCACACGGCACUCUGGUCGGCAGUAAAUUUCGCGUUGAAUACGUGUCAAGAGAAGACAACGACGAUGGUGUCUUCAUCUCAAGGACGGUUUUAGAAGAUUGUUGA